UGAAACUUUAAACCCCAUCGAAAUAAUACUUUAUAUACCAUCACAUUAAACGCUUUGUUAAUAAGCUUUUUUUAUCAAAAUCAGUCUUUAUUUCCACUUCCACAGCCAUGGCAGAUUCAAUCACUACCAUUAAAGCUUGGACUUACUCUGAAUACGGCAACGCCGUUGAUGUUCUAAAGUUUGAUCCAAACGUGGCUUUACCUUAUGUGAAAGAUGAUCAAGUUCUCAUCAAAGUUGCUGCUGCUUCUCUUAAUCCCAUUGAUUAUAAGAGAUUGAAUGGCGCCUUCAAAGCCUCUGACUCUCCUUUACCGACUGCUCCGGGGUAUGAUGUAUCUGGAGUUGUGGUGAAGGUAGGGAGUGAAGUGAAGAAAUUUAAGGUCGGGGAUGAAGUUUAUGGUGAUAUCAAUGAGAAAGCUUUGGAAUAUCCAAAGGUGAUUGGCUCACUGGCUGAGUAUACUGCUGCAGAAGAGAUAGUGUUGGCUCACAAGCCGAAAAAUUUGAGCUUUGCUGAAGCUGCUAGUCUUCCUUUAGCAAUUGAGACUGCUUAUGAGGGCCUUGAACGAUCCGGCUUCUCUGAUGGUAAAUCUAUACUUGUUCUUGGCGGUGCCGGUGGAGUUGGAACCCAUAUCAUUCAGCUUGCCAAACAUGUUUUUGGUGCUUCCAGAGUCGCAGCUACAUCUAGCACCAAGAAACUAGAAUUGUUAAGAGAGUUAGGAGCUGAUUUGCCUAUUGAUUAUACAAAGGAGAAUUUUGAAGAGUUGGCUGAGAAGUUUGAUGUGGUGUUUGAUACAGUCGGGGAAACUGAGAAGGCAUUCAAGGCUGUGAAAGAAGGUGGCAAAGUUGUGACAAUUGUGCCGCCAGGAAUUCCACCAGCAAUAGUGUUCAUACUUACUUCAAAUGGGGCUAUCUUAGAGAAACUAAAGCCUUAUUUGGAGAGUGGAAAGGUGAAGGCAGUGCUUGAUCCCAAAAGUCCAUUUCCAUUUUCUCAAGCUGUUGAAGCAUUUUCCUAUCUCGAAACUGGCAGAGUUACUGGAAAACUAGUUAUCCAUCCCAUACCAUGAAAUUCAAAACAACCCAAUACAAUCUUUGGAAUCUGAAUGUGUGUGUGUUUGUAUUUCUGUAUGAUCUCUACUUUCAGUGUAGUCAUCAUCUCUUACUACUUACUAGUGUGUUUGUAUGAUGUGAGAACUUGAAAAUGGGUUAGUCUUCCUUUGGAUUUGUAUUUGGUUUGGGGUUGAAAAAACACUACGUUUGGCUUUUGUAGUUUUAGUUAAUGGAAUAAUAAUGUGAUAACAAGUUUGCUUCAUA